AUGGAUUUUGCUACAAGUAAACAAAUUGUAGAUGCUUUUCAUGAAAAAUUUGUAGGCAAAAAGUUUUAUGGACAAUAUGCGGAACGUCGAUAUGUUAGCAAAAUAAAUUGCUAUCGGGAUUUAAUUUUAAUUGAUAAAAAUGAAGCACAUAUUCAGAAACUUAUUGAUGAUGUAUUAACAUAUUAUUCGAGUCUAAAUUCAACAGGAAUUUGGUUUGGAAUGACAUGUCCUACCAGCCAAGAAGCACCAUUCGGUUAUUGCUUUUGGGUGCAGUUGCCAAAUGCUAUAUUUGGAAAUUAUUUAUUCCAAAUUGAAUCUAUAGAAGUUUUAGGAAAAGAAAUUGUAUUGCAGAUCAAACAAUUAAAAAAUAAUGUAACAAGACCAACCAAUAUACCAAAACAAACUAUUAAUACUGCAUGUAAAUAUCUCAUCAUUCUUUCAUUAUAUUUAGUUUUGGGAGGUUUCGAAUUAAUGAAAUUUUUAGGAGACUUUUCAAUUAAGAUGUUACAAGAACUUAGAAAACUUUUACAAGCCUCAACUCCUAUAUGUCUAGCGCUUAUAGAGUCAUUAACAAAAAUUGUUGGAGGACUUUACAUUUUAAUAUCGAUGAUGUUUCAAGGAAAUCGACCACGUCAAAAUGGGCCACCAAGACAAGUUCAAUAUCCAAAUUAUAGAUAG